AUGGCGUCUGCUAUGAUCACCUCUUUCCCUUCGUCUCCUCCUGAGCCAUCUUUCCCAGGAGCAUACACCUUUUCAUCAACAUCCACUGCAAUAUCAUCCAAAUACGUAGAUGAACAACCUUUGUCAUAUAUCCCCGAAAACAUCAAAACUGACAUUGACCCCCAAGUCAAUCAAGAAAACACUUCUUUUGAACAAUCUUACUUUUCAAUCUCAACACCGCUCCCUACAUUACCUCUUGUUCAAUCAGUCGCUAGUUCGACAGUAUCUACUUCAUCUUACAGGGUUUCUAGGCUACCUCCCGCUCCUACUGUACCUCACGCGGGUCCAUCGAGAGGGCCUCAAAGAUACCUUUAUUUCGCGGUCAGGAAAGGUCAUACAGCUGGUGUUUAUACAGCUUGGUACGAAGCAGAGGCGCAAAUCAUUAACCAUCCCGAACCUGUUUACAAGACCUUUUCUACCAAAUUAGCUGCACAAGCAUUCGUAAAUGGUUGGGAUGGUGCAGGGAGACAUUCACUACCGGCAUCAACACCACGACCUUUACGAGAACAUUUAGCCAUGUCUUUCCCCGGCUCGGUCAACAUAUCAACUUCCCCUGCUAAACGACAAUCUUACCAUUCUCGACUGCUUGUCACCCCAAACGACUUCUCCCCAUCGCCUUUGGACACGACCCGUCCUCCUAUGAAUCCACGUCACUCCUACCACAGACAUAGCAUGGUCAAGAUAUCCAGUCCUUUACGAUGUCAAUUAGACGAAGAAGAGGAGAUGAUGGAUGAAGUUGGAUCACGCAAGCCGCCAAUAAGGAAAGCUUCUAGUUUCAUCGGAAUAGGUGGUCUGUUGAGUCCACCUCAGAGUCCUGAGAAACAAGGGAAGAACUUGUCAGUCAUGGAUAGAGAAAGGCCAAAUAAAUCUAAAGGAAAUCUAGACGGAGCAACAUGGUCAUCAAGAGGACAUCGUGACUUUACACCUUCAAACGGAGGUCUUGGACUUACCGCCCGACCACUCUCUCCACCUCAGUCUCCCAACGACAAGAGAACAUCCAAUCACGGUACACCCCCUCCUCGACCCAGUCCAUCUCGAACACCGAGCGGACUAUGGGCAGACACUGUCACCAUGACGACACCUGCUCAGUCGUCUCCUUUAUCUCCUGGUUCAGAUCAACCAGAAUUUACCGAUCCUACAGCCCCCAAGUUUUCUCGAUCAGGAUUAAGGAAGAGCGGCGUUGUCAUGCCUGUAGCCGCUAAGCGAACUGGUUCUUCGAAUUCUUUGCGUACCAAAGCAAGUUCGGGAAGUCUCAUGGGAGGUGGACUGGGAAGUAACAAUUCAUCGUCAUCUUCAAUUAAUUCUUGGUCAGAUCGAAACAUGCGUCGAUCAUCUUCUUUCGCUCAAGACAGAUUGUCUUCUUUAGCUGAAAACUCCAAAAGGGAAUUACAACUCAACGAAGAAGGAUUACUUGCUCUUUCGUCGCUUUCACCACCCAAACCAGCUUUCAUGAUGAGACGAUCACCAUCUGCAUCAUCGGUAGCAUCAAACGAGUCAGACUCAUCAAUGGCUUCCAUGACUUCUGGUUCUUCAGCUCAAACUUGUUCUCUUGAAUCUUGUGAACCAAUCUUAGAAGAAGACAACGUUGAAAUCCUAGGACAAGAAAGGGACAUCAUAUCAUGUACGAAAUCCGAUGGCGAUGCCGACGGAUCUGUUGGAGAUAGAGACUCUGUUAAAGGAAACAUGGGUAAAAAGGGUAAAGGUGGCAUGUUCAAAAGAUUGGCGAAAGCUUUAAAAUUGGAGAAGAAGAGUGAUAGAGAUAGCUUACGCAGAGGAAGUAUGUGA